AUGGCGACUGCGUGGAUGAAACGAAGGCAACUUCACGACUCCGAUGCGUUCAACUUCGACCCUCCAGCAGAUGCUUCUUCGAGUAGCAAUCCAGGUUCAGGCUUUGAUGCGCCUUCGACUGGCCUGUACCCCGCCAAUACAUCAAGUCAAGAUGCUUCAAACACUCGGAGCUCGUACCUCACUGACAUGGAUGGCCCGUUUGUACUCGGUGACGCUUCACAAUUCUCCCAAUCUGCCGCGGAAAAUGAAACCGACAACGUGAAUACUGUCACCAACGACGCAGGGGGAAAUACUUUUAACCUUUUGCUUCCCGAUCCACAACCAGAAGCCGUCUUUGACCAGUUAUCUGAUGAGGAAUUUGCAAAUAUGUUGCAAAUGUACCUAGAGAGAGGUCCAAGCCCUACUCAAGGUUGCGACGACAAUUGGUAUAACAUGAACGCAACUUCGAAUUCUAUCAAUGAACCGACUAGCAAGGCUGCGGCCAGUCUAGCGAACUCUCCUGGUCUCGCUGCCGAUCCUGAGGACGCCAAUCAUACUCCAAAGACCAAUGUCUCUGCCGCGCCGUCCACCUCACCGAUUACACCUGGAUCUCCGCCUGGAUCUGGUUGUCGCGCGCUGCUUAAGAAGCUUUCCACGUCUCCGAUUGAGAUACCACACACACCAGAUUUCGCCGACUUCCAUCAUCCCAAGCCCUCACUUCAAAAGCAAUCACGACGCGGGAAGAAACGCAAUGAUGGACACCCUCCAAAUGGUGCAGGCUCAUUUUCCCAGUCUUCACCAGUCCGGAAGAAUACACCUGCCAAGCAGGUACUGGGUAGUCCCUUCAAGAUGCCUGGUCUUCCUGCUUCCGCGCCAGCGAAACCAAUGUCGCGCGACAAUGCCUUGAUGAAUCCUCUUCUCUCACCCAACCCAGCGGCUAACCGACCCCGUCGGAUGGACAAUCUAUCCCCCUUGGGGACUACCCUUCCCAGUCGCCACAUUCUCACAAGUAGCCCGAUGCAAAACAUGGCCGAUCAAACAAGCCCCACCAUAUCUGCGCAUUACCAGUCACCACCCAAUCCGACGGCUUUCGCGAACGACCUGAUAGGCAGCGGCAGCAGCGGAAGCUUCCUCGACCCUGGUCUACCAUCUGCAGAGCAGCCACCCGCAAAGCGUGCCCGUACAGGCACCGUUGGCGCGCAAGAUAUUCUUGCAAAUAUCGCGCGGGAAGAGCAGAUGUGCCAUCAGACCUACUUCCAACACAUUUCGCAAGCAACCGCACAGGCUGGUUUGACUUUGGCAAACCAAUUCAACGACGGUUUCGAACAUGAUUUCAAGUGGCUUGAGCGUGACCGUACCGAUCCGGAGCCGCCACCGUCAAUGGUUGCCCGAUUUACUGGGUACGAGUUUCCCAUUCCUUUGCCAAGUGGUACAAUGAAGUCGCUCGAGAGGGAAGCAGAAGAAAAUGUCAACGUUGGGCAAAAGCGCAAGGCGGUGCAUAUGACUCAAGGUGGAAUAGAAGCAAACGGUGUCCAGGAUCCAUUUGCUCCUUCAGGGCUCGGUAUCGCCCAGGCUGGACCGGAAUUCCAUGGUUUGUUCUUUCCCAACAACCAGGGCCAAUCCGCCUCGCAUAUGCAAACCCAAGAUAGGAUGGUGGCCCAGCGUCAGCUCCAAUCUCCUGGGAAUAUCCGGGCUCGUGGGCAAUUCCGAGUUCAAGCCCAGGCACAGCUUCAGAUGCACGGUCAAACCCAGGAUCAAGGCCAGUUACCUCAGUUAUUGUCAAACUCUCGACUGUCAAGAGCACAACAGCAGCAGCCACAACAGGGCCUACAACCAAGUCCACAUCUCCCAAUCAAUGGGCAACAGCAGUUGAUGAGGUCCACCCCAGACUCCGCCGGCUCACGAGUACCAGGCACUCCCACUCCUGCAUCUCGCCACCGCUCAACCCUUUCGAGGGCAACCCAAAAUGUAACUUGCGGUUCUGUCCUCCCUGGCUUCCCAUGGAGCAAUGCUCAGACGCCCAAUGGUCGGUCAUCCUGGACACCCAACAGCAUGCGGGCGCAGCUUCAGCCUUCCGCGCAGGCUUCGAAGCAAACACCACCAAUCCAGAGCUUAGCCGAAAUGUCGUUGCAUCUGCCGACGCCUCAACAACCUAUUUCUACCGGCUCUUGUCCAAACACUCUAUCCGAGACCCUGGCGGAAACUAAUCGUCGCACGGAGGCUGAGCUUCGUUCUCUCGGCGCAGCCGUCGUGGAUUAUGAUCCAAACAUGAGUUGGAAUGGCAUGGAGGAUAUGCCAGUCGGGACCCUCUACGGAGACAUCGGCGUUCCUCCUCCUCUCGAGGGGCCAUUCGGUGAGACAAUAAACUUGGAUGUAUCUCCCCCCCUGAUGUUGAGCAUGGACAUGAACGUGCCACAGGAUGAGAGUGGGAACGUCGCCGGACUUGAAAGUACGCUUUUGAACACAGCAGUUGCCGCGGGCGAUUACGCAGAACGAGUCGUGAUGACCUCACCCAGCAAUAACAACAACGCGACAGACACACCUGGAAAUGGAGCAGCAGACAUCAGCGCUAUGGCUGCUAUUACAACUCUAGAGAGAGGAGCAGCCGUGUCCGCCGCGGCGGAUUCGGGUUUCCCGUAUGAUUGGAUGACGGGAUUCGACGAAGGAAAGAUCUUUGAUCCUAUAGAUUUCAAUCUCUAG